AUGCCUCCUAUUGUUGUCUCGAAUAGGGAAGAGGAUUCCAUGAACAAUGAAGCGUCGAUGAGUGGUAAACAGAUCAUCGGCAUAAUAUAUCCUCCUCCAGAUAUUCGAACAAUUGUUGAUAAAACAGCAGCGUUUGUCGCUAGAAAUGGAGUUGAUUUUGAGAAGAAAAUUAGAGAAAAAGAGGCAACAAAUCCCAGAUUUGAAUUUCUUAGUACAACAGACCCGUACAAUGCUUAUUACCAACAUAAGGUUUUGGAGUUCAAGGAAGGUAAACCAACAGAACCAUCUGUACAACGUCCACAAAUUCCGGAGGCUGUAAAAGAGCAUGUUAAACAAGCGGAGUUCAUUCCUCGGAACCCUCCUCCUGUUUUCGAAUUUGAUGCAGAGCCGGCAACCAUUAAUGCCUUUGACCUUGAUUUGAUCAAGCUAACCGCUCUUUUUGUUGCUCGAAAUGGUCGUCAGUUUUUAACUGCUCUUAUGAAUCGUGAGUCGAGGAAUUAUCAGUUUGAUUUCCUGAAACCACAACACUCUAACUUCACAUACUUCACGAAGCUUGUAGAACAGUAUACGAAGGUGAUUGUGCCGUCUAAAACCGUCGUAGAUGACUUAAAGGCUGAAGAGGACAACACGAAGAAAUUGCUGGAAAACGUUAAAUAUCGAGUUGGUUGGGAAAAGUAUCAGAGAACGCAGAAGGAAAAGGAAGAUGCAGAGCUUGAACGUGAACGCCUUGCUUACGCACAGAUUGACUGGCACGAUUUUGUUGUUGUACAAACAGUCGAUUUCCCAAUAAACGAUACUGCAAGUUUACCGCCGUUCUGUACGCCAAAGGAUGUUGGAGCUCGUAUUUUGAUGCAGCAACGUCAAGAAGCAGCAGCUAAAGCCGCUGCUGAGCAGGCAGUAGAGAUGGACGUUGAAUCUGAUUCUGAAGAAGAGCAGGAGGAAAUUCGAAAUGAAGUCAGUGAAUUGGCCGGUCCGACCCAGCCUGAAGAGCCCAAAAUGGCACCUUUUGAAAUCACUCAACCUGUUCCUGCCCCACCUUCUGAAGACAAUGUAAUUAUAAGAGAAUACGACCCUAAAAAAACACAGGCUCAUAAAAAAUUGGCAGAUAAGUGGAUUAUCUCACCUCUUACUGGUGAGCGUAUUCCCGCUGAUAAAUUGCAAGAACAUGUCCGUUACAACACCGUUGAUGCCCAGUACAAGGAGCAGAGGGAAAGGGAGCUGUCUGACCGUAAUGAGGAGGAGCCUGUUUACGCUCUAGGAGCUGACAUUAGCAAAAAUAUUGGUAAAUUUGCUGAAAGACGUACGGAUAUUUUUGGCCACGGAGCUGAGCAAACGAUUAUUGGGAAAAAGCUUGGCGAAGAAGAGGAAGCUCCGCGUGGUCCUGACCCUAAACUUAUUUGGGACGGUCAGCAAUCGACUAUAGACCAAACUACGAAGCUAGCUCAGCAAAGCAUUACUUUAGACCAACAAAUCAAUGAAAUUCAUAAACAGCACGGUUACGUGGCGGAUCCUAAUAAAGAGCGUAUUGGACCAGGUCCUGUUCCACCCCCACCUCCAACAAACUCUGUUCCAGCUCCAGCAUCACCUGUUGUACCUGUUGUACCUGCAGUACCAUCUGCUCCUGCUCAACCACGACCACCUUUGCCAGCACCACUUCCUGCGCAACGUCCGCCGGCUCCUCCAGCGACUGUUCCACAACCUCCACGUCCCCCUAUUGUGCCACCAGUUGCCGCACCUCGACCACCUUUACCUCCCGGAUUUCCCGCAGUUCCUUUUCCUCCUGCGCCAGCUACUGUUCCAGCAGUACCUGUACCACCUCUGCCGCGUCCUGUUGGCAUCCGACCAAUAAGACCACCUGUGUCAGUUCCAAUGAUUCCUGUUCCUGUGAUGCCUCAACCGACUGUAGGUUUGCGGCCUGUUGUUCCUGUUGCAAUCCCUACUCCUGCUAUACCCCCAACAGAUACAAGUGCUGUUGUGACUCCAACAGAAGGUCCACCAACAAAACGUGCUCGUACAGAAGACGAACUUGAAAGUGAGGCUGACUGGCUUACAAAGGUGUCUGGCUCGAUCACAGUUAGCGUGCAGCUACCAACUGGUGCACCAAAUCCAGAUUGGAAGCUGGAUGGUUCCCUUCUUGAAGUUUCUAUGGAUGUUGCUGCUCCGGUUUCUACUCUGAAGAGCGUCGUGCAAGAAAAAACUGGUCUUCCGACAUCGAAGCAAAAGUUGAUUUAUGAGGGUUUCUUCUUGAAAGAUGCGUCGUCCUUAGCCUUCUAUAAUAUGAACACUGGCAGUGUGGUGCAGCUACAGAUCAAAGAAAGAGGUGGAAAGAAGAAGUAA